AUGAUCAGGCAAUUCGCUGACAUUGUUGGCCCGGUCGCGACACGGCCACCACCGCGAAGACAAAACGCAUCCAUCAUGCCGGACAUCAAACAGGAUGCCGAAGAUUCCCAGAGAGACGUAGACGUUGUCGAGGAGCCUGUAGUGUUCUUCCCGGAACGUAGUCUGGUGGAAGAACCAGAGGAAUACGAGCAGGGUGGCGAGCCGAUGGUGGAUGGCACUUCGGGUGAAAGGACUAUCAUGCCACCAAGGACUGCGAAGCCACAGGAUAGGUUGGAUAACGCGGUACGAGCGUGA